CGACGUCUGUUUCCACCGAUCAAUUCUAGGCUACUCAAUAUCUUACGAGCGAACACCUUUUACACUGGACUGGGAGAUGGCUGUUACCAACUGUGUGGUGGGAGAUCGUUGGAGCUCAGAUUAAUCUCGGAUAAAUACCUGACAUGGAGGAAUAUCUAAAAUUCACAAAGAAGGCCCAGGAUAACUUGCCUUCCUACGAAAAGGUCCAUGUUGUCCUUGGCAAUGAGGCAUGUGACCUAGACUCAGCUAUUGCGGCCAUUGUUUAUAGCUAUUAUAGACACAAGACAAAGACAGAGGACAGUUGUUUGUAUGUUCCUGUGCUAAAUAUACCAAGGAAGAAAUACCACCUUCGCACAGAGACUACAUUCCUUCUAAGUCAACAAGGUAUUUCUGCUGACCUUUUGACCUUUAGAGAUGACCUUGACCUGUCACAUCUGCACAGCUGUAAAUGCCUGGCAUUGACCCUGGUGGAUCACAAUGUGUUACCAGCAACAGAUACUGCAUUAGAAGAUGCUGUUACCAUGGUGAUUGAUCAUCGUCCUCGACAGCGACCAGAAGAUGGCAGGGUACAGGUUGUUAUGGAUACUGUUGGAUCUUGUUGUACUUUGAUAGCUGAAGAGCUCCUGGUAAACAAUGACAGCGUAGUCAUGGAUCAUGAGGUGGCGUUAUUAUUGUAUGGAACGAUUUUGGUGGACACCAUCAAUCAAAGCCCAGCUGCAGGGAAGACAACACCGCGAGACACUGCUGCUAUUCAGACACUGGAAGGCUGGGUUACCAACAACCAGGGGAGAGAACUCUACGAACAACUGAAGAAGGCAAAGUGUGACUUAACAGGACUAACUACAAUAGAAAUAUUGGAGAAAGAUCUAAAGAUUGUGACGGGCAGUUCUUACGUGGUUGCCAUGGCUUCUGUCUCUAUGGAACUGGAAGAAUUCGUAAGUAGGGUUAAUUUUAUACAAGAUUGUCAGCACUUCCUACGGGACCAAGGUGCGGCUAUCUUGGUUAUCAUGACAAUGUAUCAAGACACUGUGGGAGAGCCAAGAAGACAACUGGCUUUAUGUGCAACAGACAAUGACUUUGCUAUCCAGCUAUCAUCAAGAUUAAAGAAUUCACUUGACCCAGAUCUUGGGCUGUCAGUGUUUCCAAACAGCCAUGAUGGCAUAUACUGUUACACCCAGGAAAAUGUGAAGGCAUCAAGAAAGAAAGUGUUACCUCUAGUGUUAUCAUUUUCCAACACUCCUCCAGAAGUUUCCAUCUCGGAUUUGAGUUUCAGUGAACAUGAAACCAAAAAUCAAACCGUGAAAAACAGAUAUUCCAACAUGGUGCCAACGUUAAAUUUUGUGAAUCUGGAUGACAACCUUGGAGAGUUGAAUGAAGCUGAUGUCAUGGAGUCGCCUCGAACCCCGGAUAUCAUGGUCACCAGUGUUAACGAAUGUUCAGGAAAUUCCUCAGCUACGGCUUCCCGACCUGGAUCAGGUUUUCCUAGUUAUCCUGUUACACCUCCAAAUAGUUACAUGGACAGUGGCUUUAUGGGUAAGGAACAGACCUUACCAAGUUUUAAUAGUUCCGAAAUGUUAAACAAGAUUCAGGAAAAGAAGGCGUUACUUUCGGCUAGUAGUGGCAACCCAUCCUGUAGUGGAUCGGCAGGGAACAGUGUACCCUAUACACCUCAAAAUAGUGUCAUUGACGGCGGGUUUGACUGGUUUGCCAAGGAGCAGAACCUACCAAGCUUUAACAGUUCAGACAUGGUACAAAAGAUACAACAGAAGAGGUCGUCAAUGGGAGAUAACUCUGAUUUUAGUCUGGGUGGGGAUUUAAUGAUGGCUCAGGGUGGCAAACAUAAUGAUUUUGUGCCAUUUACUCCACAAAAUAGCUAUAUGGAGAACAAGUUCAAUUCUUACAUGGACCAGUCUGUUGAUCCAAGCCUGUUGAGUUCACACCUUGAAGCCAUUAAAGGUGACAGGUCAGAAGUCAGAAGUCAUAGUCCAGAGGUCGUGACCUCCAGUCAGAGUGUGUCUCAGUCCAACUUCUUCAGUGAGAGUGUUACAGAUCUGUGUGACAAUCUUAAUGCGACGGAUGACAGGAAGUCAGAUAUAGGUCAGAAUAAAGGUGAGAGAAAUGUUGUCGCUAUGGAAAUAGCUCUUGCCAUGUUGAGAGACACUGACGGAGAAGAAGCAGAAUAUGAUGAAUCACACUCAACAUUUGACAAAGAUGACCCAAGUAAUGGUAACCAGGAAUUACACAAAGGCCAAAGACAAGGUCAUAGCAGGGGAGUUAUAAACCUGGGUAAAGGUCAGUCUCCUCAAGGUGACCAAGAUGGAGAUGGAAGGAAAGGUCCUGGCGAUUACAUUCAGGAAGAUCUUGUAUUCAAGGAUUUUGUCUAUUCCUUGGCAGGACAAAUGAUAGCCAACGCUGUGGAUGCAUUCCCUAAUAUGUCAAAUCCACAUGUAGCCAAGAGCAUCAUGGGAAUCCUUCAACCAAGCAUGGGAGAGAACUCUUCCUAUCCUCUGGAAAUGGCAUUUAACAAAGGCCUAACAUUUCCAGUUCAAUUAAAGAAAACUCCAAGCACAACCUCCAUUACAGUAGAGACUGACUAUCUAUCACGUAUUGACCCUCUUCAUGGAAACCUUGACCUCGCGACCUCAGGUAACAAGGAGGUCAUUGAAUGCACUAGCUUCAGGAAGAUCAGUGAUAGUGAGAAUGUAGAGGCUCUUCAGGGGAAAUCAUGGUAUAGUGUCGUUGAGAAUAUGGAGGCUAUUCAAGGAAAGUCGUUAGAUGAAAAGGGGACAUCAAUGGAAGGAAAAAUUUUAUCAGAACUACCAAGAAACUUCGAGGCCUCCAGAGGAAAAGGUGUAUCAGAAAUUCCAAGAAAUUUUGAGGCCCUCCAGAGUGCAACUUUGUCAAAUUUACCCAAAAAUGUAGAGGCUCUCAGAAAGAACAUGUAUGAUAAAGCUGAUGUACAAAAUGGUAGUGGGUCAUGUGAAUCAAGUUUGUUACCUGUGAAAAAUUCUCCUUUACAAUCUGCUAAUUCUGCCAAAGACUUGGAAUAUCAAGACGGGAGUAUGGUGUCACCUUGUAGUGGAGAGGUGGCCAGUCUGUCAGCCAUUUCUUCUGUAGAGGAAUAUGCUGGUCAACUCAUCAGGGAAAUCAUAGCAUCUGCUAUUGUGACGGUAACCCAGUCAGGUUCCUCAUCUUUCAAGGUCACAGAUUGUGAAAGAAUUGAACCAGGAGGUUUCAGUGAUAAUAAGACAUCUGAAGGAAAAGACCAAACAGAAUGUUCAGAUGAAAAACAGGAGUUACAUCCCUUGGCUGAAGAUGGCAGUACUAAUGUUAAUAUUCUGCCACUAGGUGGAGCCACUUGUUUGCUGGCACCAGUAGAUGGUGCUUCAUCUGACAGUUCAGACAGCUGUUCAACAACUACAGAAGGAAGUUACAGAAUUAUGAUGACACCAGAUGUGGAGAACCUUGAAGGUCAACCUGUCAAUCAUGGUCAAGAUCUUGAAGAAACCAGAAGGGACAGGAUUGGGCCAUUAAAUGACCAGAGGGUACGAGGGCUUCCCACUAAAGAGAUUGAGAAGUGGAAUGAGCAGGGACUAACAGAGUCUGAUGAAAUGAACAACCAAUUUACACAGAAUGUCUUAGAGAAUGAGGACACAAUGUCAAAACAAACCUCAUAUCAACAGCCUGAGUCUGCAAAACACAACAAUGAAUCUGUGGAAGAAUUGUCUCAAUCUAUCAAUAUAUCAGGUGUCCAUGGUUGUGAUUCUAAGGGGGAUAACUCUAGUCAUAUCAAUAAAUUAAGUCAAUUACAGGGAGAUGUUUGUGAAACUAAUGGUGCCAAAUCUGACUAUUAUUCCCAUGGUAAAGUGAAAUUUAAUAAUGUGCCAAAUUAUGAAACGGACAGCCAUAAUAUUGAAGUGACAUCUAGUGACAACCUGAAUGAAAAGGGAGAUAACUUUAAACAUAUCUCUGGUAAAGAGGUGCAGAGCUUGGUAAAAAGUGAAGACAGUCACCAAAUUGAGAGUUUCCAAGAUGGAAAAGCAGUGGUCAAGGUUGCUGUUGACAGUCCAGACAUACAAACAUCUAAAACAUGGAGGCAGGAGAAUAGGAAUCAGGGAAAACCAGCCGUAUCCAUGACAACAAAUACCAAGGAUCGUCUUCGUGGCAUUGAAUUUUCGGAGGAAUGGCAGGAUGACGACAUUCCAGGCAUGCCGCCCACUGAAGAGGAGGAUGACGAUGACUCGUCAGAAUCUUCAGGGUCAAGGUCACGGCAUAGCAGUGAUUCUAGUCGAGGAGAAGAAGGGCCAGUGAGGCCUUCCAACUUGAAUGACCUUCAGAAGAAAAAGAAAAUGGCUGCCAAUGACAACAUUCUGACCGAGGAUAUUGGUGACCUUGACCCUGCACUCCUUGGGGAACUUGAGUGGGAGAACGAUACUCCUAUCAAAAGCCCAGCUGAACCUAUCCCACAAUAUUCUGCUGAGGAGGAGAGGCAAGAAGCCAGACUUUGGAGGCUUGUUGAAAUUUCUGGUCGAGAACAGAAAAUUGAUCUCACAGUCAUCGAACCCUUCAAGAGGGUUUUGUCUCAUGGAGGUUACUAUGGCGAUGGUCUGAAUGCUAUAAUCGUGUUUUCCGGGUGUUACUUGCCAGACCGGAGUCAGAAGGAUUACAACUACAUAAUGGAUAAUUUGUUCCUGUAUGUGGUCAGUACGCUGGAACGGUUGGUUGCCGAGGACUACAUGAUCGUUUAUUUCCAUGGUGCCACACCACGCAGACAGAUGCCAAGCUUCAGCUGGUUAAAGAAGUGUUACCAAAUGAUAGAUAGAAGGUUAAAGAAGAACCUGAAGGGUUUACUGCUGGUACAUCCCACUCUCUGGUUAAAGACAAUUGUUAUAAUGACCAGGCCAUUUAUCAGUUCCAAGUUCAGCUCCAAGCUACGAUUUGUGAGAUCCCUACAGGAGCUUGCCAGCUUAGUCCCAAUGGAGUAUAUAUACGUCCCAGACCAUGUACACAAGUAUGAUGAGAAAUUAACAAAGCACUCACCACAACCAUCCACGGCGACCUCUGACCCUGCACCUUUGACCCCCACAUGCCCUUGACCCUGCACAGGUCAAAACAGAGGUUAUAUCUCACAUUUGGAGGUACACCAUGUGAUUUUUCCAUCAGUCUGGAGGUACGCAAGGUACAGAAAUCUAGACACAAAGACAAAAGCAGAAAGAAAGGGAGGAAAAGAAAUGGAGAGAAAGAAUGAAAAUGAAAUAUUGUAAGAAAGAUGUAUAGGAAAAUUUCUCUUUCUCAGUAUACCACUUUUAUUUUAUUAUUAUUUGUAUAUAAUGUAGGUUACUGUGUAAAAUAUUGUUGUGUUUUUAUGAUGAAGAACUAUCGUGUUACUUCCUGCUGUUACUAUAUACCACUACAACUGUUUUGCCAUAUUUAAUUGAAAACCUUCCCGCUGCUGUUUACAUUGAUGUAAUCUAUAUAUUUCUUUGUACAGUGAGUUAUGAGGAACAAUUUUGCUAAGAAUCAUAAUAAAAUAGCCAAUGAAUGAGAGAUGUGUGAUGUUGAAGUUAUAAGUGCUACUGUACCAAAGAAUUUACAUGUAUAUUACAGACAUUUGUCAUUUAUAGGUCAUAGUUUAAAGGUCAUUUAUUUAGAAUUUAAUUACAUUGUUACUUGCACAAAUUUUUUGUCUCGUAAGGUGAAGCAGACUCCCCAACCCCAUGGAUUAUUUGUAAUUAUCAUUUAAAAGUGAGACGUUACGUGUUGUAUAAUUUCAUGUAAAUGUUGCCAAAUAAUGAAUUUAAUAUUAAAUUGUAUGCUUUACUUUUGAUUAUUGAAUUUGGCCAAAAGUUUAUGGCUUCCUUGAUCUAAAUAAAGAGUCCCUCCCUGUUACAAGAUGGUAACUCUGUAUAUUGUUAUGACUUGUAGUGUGAGACAUGUUGCCAGUUGUGAAAUAAACCCAGAUUAAUCUAAUUCGUAUUAAAAGAAAUUUUUUAAAAAAAUAAAAAAUUAUGAAAAUUUUUUUUUUAACAUUUCAUGGGAAAUGUAUAGUGAUUUAAUAUUUCAUACAAGGGUAAUGUAUUGUGUUUUAUCAGCCUGUCUGAUCUGAUGGGCCAAACUGGAAUUGGUCAUAUUGUGACCUUACUUAAUCAUGAGAAAGUCAGGAAUUGCUGAUAGUUGAUUGCAUUUGAUAAAAUGUAUUUAAUUUUGGGGACAUUGAAUUAUUCAGAAUAAGAUUAAAUAGGAGAAUAUCAUUUGAACAGAUCAGAGAUAUGAUAUUUAUACUGUCAGACUAAUAUGAAGUUAAGACUUUUAACAUUUAAUAAGGCUUUUACAUCUGCUUUCUACUCUUUGAGUUAGACAGUAUGCUACACUGAAGUCCCUGUCACUGAUCGGUCAGGAUGACCAAUUAAAACACCCUGUCUCCCUCUAUAUUGAACACCUGUAACCAGAUAUUUUAUCACUAUAGCUCAGCGACACUGUAUAAGGUUUGUUAAGGUUCCAAAGUGAUCUGACAUAUUGGAAGCUUCGUUUUUAUCCCAUAUUACUGACCUGUUUAUUGGACAAUAAGCUCGUGUAUGUUUACUGUAAAAUCAUUAAUUUUCUUUGCUGGGGAUGUAAUUUCAUCGAUACAAUACAGGAAUUGACAAGUUCAAGAAAUGUUAAAAUGAGUAGAUUAAUUGAGCUAUAUUUCUGAUGAAAUAAAGUGUCCAUGAAAAAGGAACUUUAAAAAAAAAAAAAAAAGAAAUUGAGCCUCACAAAAAUGUAUGACUUUACAGAAUACUGGUAGAUGUACCUUAUUUAUCCAACAGAACAUGUCUUGCAAUAGACAUACUCGUAUGAAUUGCUGAAACGUCAUGUAUCUAAUAAAGUGUUGCUACACAGCAAUGGACUAUUCAUCUGCUGUAAUAUCAAGCUUAACAUAGAGGGACAAUAACCCAGCUAUUAUGCUAUAAUGACAAGGGGAGAUAACCAUGGAAUGUGUAUAAACAAGCUGUUUAUGGAUGACAAAUAUACAAUAUAACCAUGUUGAGAAAAUGAAGUACUCUUUAGAUUUUCUGAUUUCCUCUUUAAUGGUAAGGGGAGGUAAUUCAUGUUCUUUAUUUCAUGCAUGUUUAGGAUAAAUAAUUAUUGCAGUCGUAACAGCCUGUCAACACAUUAAAGGUCAUUAGGUCAUCAGCUAGUGAAACACACAGCGAUCCAAAAAGGAAAUAACAUCAAACAAACUGUUAAAGAAAUGAAAUAUAUAGAAAGACGGUACUACAUUCUGAUUGCAAAAUGCAUAAUAUGAAAUGUUUUGAUGAAGAAUACUUUUUAUCGGAGAUAAUCAAGCUAGAAAGAAUAUACAAGCGUCUAUGGUUACUUGUUGGCCUAUAGCAGCUUUAGAACACUCAGUAUCUCAAUUUUUUCUCAUGAAGCAUCUAGCACAACGCAUUUCAUGUGGAGAAUUUAACACAUAUCAUGUAAUGCAUUUAUCAUAACACUUUUUCAUGUAAAGCAUUUAGCACAACACACAUCAUGUAAAGCAUUUAACAAAACACACAUCAUGUAAAGCAUUUAGCACAACACAUUUCAUGUAAAGCAUUUAGCACAACACAUUUCAUGUAAAGCAUUUAGCACAACACAUUUCAUGUAAAGCAUUUAGCACAACACUUUUCAUGUAAAGCAUUUAUCAUAACACUUUUCACAUAAUGUUUUAAGCAGAACACAUUUUACAUAAAGAUUUAAGCAUAAUUAGUGGAUUUCACAUCAAGCAUUAAAAGCAGUUAUUCCAUUAUAUUGUAUAUAAAUAAACAAAUAACAACUCUUCACAUUGAGAUAUAACUACUGAAGACAACUCAAUAUUUAUUAUUGUCAGAAAGAUAUUUUUUAAUGAUUUUAGUCAACUGGAAUCUAAACCAAUUGGAAUUAAAAGAUAGAGCAUUUAGGAUGUUGUACCAUCUUUUUGUAGAAUAAUAAUAAUAGGGUAUGAUAUUCUCUGCUAAAUAGACAGGGAAAGGUCAUUCAAGUACAGUUGCACCUGUAAAUAAAUAACACCGAAUGAUUUAGGUCUGUUUCCUAUACAUAAUGACAAAUUUUAAUAUGGCUCUGCACAAUUCUGACAGGUUAGUCUGUACAGAGAAAUUUAUUUGCCUUUAAUGUGCACACAUAAUUGGGACAUUAUCAAGCUGUUGUGCUCCCUGGGAUUUGGGGUUAACAGUAAAGCUGUUAUAGUCAGAAUCAACAGUGUCCUAUAAGUUGAUAAUUUGAGACAAUACCUAAGGUAUACGCCGUUGAUAAAGGGAGGUAAUCCUUAUACUUAAUAGUUUUGGAGUCGGUGGCAUCUAACAUCAAAACUAUAUUGUCAUUCUUUUGUACUUUAAUGCUGUGAAUUGAGUUUAACAAACAGGGGAGAUAACUGUGAAUUGAGUUUAGCAAACAGGGGAGAACUGUGAAUUGAGUUUAGCAAACAGGGGAGAUAACUGAAUUGAGUACAAGUAUAACAAAACAGAGAUGUAACUGUUAUCAGUAGCGUGUAUGUAAACAUAUUCUGUAAACUGCUGAUACUUUUUCCAGAAGAUACUGAAGGAAAAUUCCAAGUUAAUUGUUCGUGUUUAUUUUACAGGUUUGUUAAGUCUUCCAGAAAUUAGUAUUAAGUUUCUGCAGCAUUACCUUCUAUACAAUGUGUAAUACUUCUUUGUUUACUGGUUUUUAUUCGUUAUAUAUGAAAUGAUUUUCUACAACAACUUCAGAAUGAGAGCGAUAUUCUGAUAUGUUUUAAUGUUUGUACAUUUGUAUCUGUGACUGUUUAUACAUUUGUGUUUCAUCAAACUGAAGAAUUUUUUUUUCCAUUUUCAUUACAGUAGAUGCAUAGCACUUUGCUCAUUUGGAAUUGUUAAUUGACGUUCAAAUUUUGCAUUUCUUUGUCUAUUGUUGGAGAAGUCUCAUUUCAGACAUGCAGUAAUAUUCAACAGAAAGUAUUUAAAAAGAAAUAUGUAGAAGAAUGUUACCAACAAAUUCAGAAUUGUAAAGAAACAUGAGAAAAAAGCAAUAAUAAUGAUAAGAAAGUAAUGAAAAAUAGAAUCAGUUGGUUCAAAUUUUGCUUGUUAAUUGACAUAUUUUUGAAAUAGACUAUAAUAAUAAGCAGAUUUCAAUGUAUUAUGGAAUGUAUUUUUCUAUAAAAAAUCAAUAAUAUGGAACAGACUAGUAUUCUGUUCUUUUUCUUUAUUUUUAAGGAUAAUUUGUUUUGCAACAUUAUUUUUUCUUGGAAAUCAGCAAAAAAUGAAACUCCUCAAAAAUAGUGAUAUUUUGAGUAAGUGGUUCUAGCAAGUUAAUAUCAAGAUUCCUUAUAAGGAAACUUCUAGAUUACUUCAAGAUAUUACAAGGUAAUGUAUAUCAGACAUCUUCUCAUCAGAUAAGUAACAACAUUAAUUUGAUGUAGAACACAGGUAUAAGUUCAGGUGUUUCAGGUAUAUAUUGAUGACAGAUAAAUUUUACAGGUAAAUAAUCUCAUUUGAUAAAUGUCAUUUGAAAUGUUUCCAAUGCUUUCUCCCAAUUGAUAUACCCCGAAUUUCAUUGUGAGUUUGAGUAACAUUAUUUAGUUAAAAAAUUUUAGGUAAGUAUUAUUAACUUGUUUAUAUUUUGCUGAACUUCAGUCCACCUAUGUACACCCGCAACAAUGAUAACCAUUGUACAUGUGAGAUAUAUAUAUAUAUCAGUAUAGCCAUUCAUGUUUUUACCCAAUGGUGAAAUUUUGAAAUUUUUUGUGUUGAUUCAUUGUGUUCCCCUAUUACUCAAAAUUGAUAUUUCCUGAAAUAGACACAAUUCCAUUAUGUGGUCCAUUUGUCACUUAUGUAUCCAGCUGAUUUUUGUGGCGAGAAAAUUACAAUUUUAUUGAUAUUACGAUAUAGUUUGAGUGAUGAGUAUGCUUAUAUUUUUAACCAGAUUUUAUUGUGAUGUCACCAUGUAAGUGAUUAAUAAAUAUGGAGUAUAUGUA